CGUAAAAAUUAUGUAUAAAUUUAAAUGUACAACACAAACACACAACAGAGCAACAAUGGAGCUUGAAUUUGUGUUUUAUUUCCAUAUAAAUGUGUUGUUUGCCUAGUAACGGGCUACUACUCCAUUGUCUAAUCGAUAUAUUCUAUAGUCUUUAGUAUCAUUUUAAAAAAAAAGUAUUUUGUGAACUGUCCGAAUAUAUUAGAAAAUAAAUUUAAAAUAUAAAAAAAUGGCUGAUGAACAACUAUGCGAACGUCUUAAUAAAACCCAUUUGACUGCCGAUGAUAUUCGACAAGUUGAAUACUUUUGCUAUGAUCUUGUUAAAAUCAGUGAACUAAGCAAAUUACAAAAUGAUGCAAAAUUGCGUGCAGUCAAUUCAACAAAAACCUACGACGAAUUCAAAGACAUUGUUGACGCAGCUCACUUGCAACCGCUGAGUCGAUCGGAUAAAAAAAAUACACAAACCCAAUCACGAUUGUGGAAUUCAAUUGCACGAAAUUGAAAUUGCACCCUCGUUACUGACAUACUUACGUGUAAACAAAAUGUUACUCAUUACUACGAAGAUCAUCAUAAUAUUUUCAAAACUAAAAACAAACAAAACACUCUAACUUAUUCAAAAUGUGUCUGAAUAACCGAUUAAUUUUGUUUCAAUUUUUUUUUGUUUAUU